AUGGUUGAUCAGCUCCUGGGAACCUGGAAGUCUAUUUCUUGUGAAAAUUUUGAAGAAUAUAUGAAAGAAUUGGGAAUAAGGAGAGCCAGCAGGAAACUCGGCUGUCUGGCAAAGCCCACUGUAACUAUCAGCAGAAAUGGAGAUGUGAUCACUAUAAACACCAAGAGCAUCUUUAAAAAUAAUGAGAUCGCCUUUAAACUGGGAGAAGAGUUUGAGGAAACCACACCAGGGGGCCAUAAAAUCAAGAGUGUGGUAACCUUGGAUAAUGACUCCUUGAUUCAGGUCCAGGACUGGAAUGGCAAAGAGACCACCAUACAGAGAAAGCUAGUGGACGGGAAAAUGGUGGUGGAAAGUACUGUGAACAGUAUUAUCAGCACUCGGACAUAUGAAAGAGUGAACCCAGUCUCAAACUCUUAA